UUUAAAUGUAUUGUUAUUAUUCUAAUUAUUUCAAUUUAUAGAUUAAGAAGAAGAAGAAAAAGAUAAUUACCCAAAACUAAUUCCAUGAUAAAUAAUACGUUUUCAAAGCUUCUGUAAUCGAUUUUCUAGAAGGAAACGCAACAUGUUUUGUUGCAAUUUAUUCUAAAACUUUAUUUUUAAACCUAUAGAAAAAUUAUUAUCAAUUAAUAUUCGUCUCCUGUCAAGACACUACAAUUAAGCAGAUAUUUACCUGCAAGUUUGCACAAACAUGAAUGCAUGAAUAAUAAAUAGCCUACUUAUUCUGGCCCCGCCUGUAAACCAGGUUGUUCAACCUGAAGGGCAACGGAAACCGAAACUGCGGCUCUGACGACGCACAGACUCAGAGAAGAAGUUGCUGAAUGGCCAGCUCAGGUGAAUAAGGAAGGACCAAGACCUCAGAGAGGAUGACAUGAUCUGAUCUGAUGCAUGUUCAGUUCAGCUCUAUUUCCUUGUUCAAAGCUGUUUUGUUAAACGCAGCUGCAUACAGUGGCAAACUGACAGAAAGCACUUUGGGUGUGUUGUUUAACUGUAGACUUUAGGAUCAUUGUGUCUGGAAAAACGCUGCCAUGAGUGAGUCAAGUGAAACCAAAGAUAGUGUCACAUCCAGCCAGGAGGACAAAACCAGCGGCAGUUGCUCCCCUACUGAACCCCUCACAUCCACUCAAUCCGAAUGUGUUGAGGUUCAUCACCAGAAGAGAGCUGCCUCUCCAGUGCUUAGCCAUGUUUCUGUGAAGAGUGAUGCAUCAAUGGAUCCUCCAGUGAAAUUCCAGGAGGAAGAUCAGAGUGUCUCGGGAGAUUGGCUCAGCUCUUCAGCGCACACCCAUGUAUCUGUUCAGAGUAACUGGUCAAUGGAGCCACCAACUAAUCUCAAUAUGACUGAUUCUACUGUCCAACGAGAGCCGCCAACAGAAAUGCACCACCAAUCAACCCCAAAGACACAAAUGGCCCUUGCUGCUAUUUUGCGGCAACUUCAAUGCAAUGUGAUCACUUUUGUAAAGAAGGAACUCAGAAAAAUCGACAGUGUUUUGAACCCUGAUCUCACAGAGUGUACAAAGAGUCCACCAGAUGAAGUCGACGAGUUUGCUCUUGAAGCCAAAGAAGCAACAGUCAAAAUCGCCUUACAUAUUUUGAGGUGUAUGAAGGAACAAAGCCUCUUUGACAAACUUCUUCAAUUUCAUCAAAUUGAUGCUUGUCAGCAAAAGCUUAAAUCCAGUUUGAAGAACAGGAGCCAAUGUAUAUUUGAAGGUAUUGCUAAGCAGGCAAAUCCAGCCCUACUCAACAAAAUCUACACAGAGCUCUACAUCACAGAAGGAGGGAUUGGAGAAGUCAAUAAGGAGCAUGAGGUGAGACAGAUUGAGACAGCAUCUUGGACACCAGAGACACAGGAAACUCCAAUCAAAUGCAAUGACAUCUUUAAAGCCUUACCUAGACAAAACAAGCCGCCCAUCAGAACCGUACUGACUAAAGGAGUUGCUGGCAUUGGAAAAACAGUCUCUGUGCAGAAGUUUGUUCUGGACUGGACUGAAGGAAAAGCCAACCAAGAUGUUCGUUUUGUGUUUCCAUUGCUUUUUCGGGAGCUGAAUUUGAUUGGCAAAGAGCAGUACACACUGGAGCAACUUGUUUAUUUGUUCUUUAGAGAAAUUGAGGGAUUCAAUCUUUCAAACUUGGAGAAGUUCAAAGUCAUAUUUAUCUUUGAUGGUUUGGAUGAGUGCCGACUGCCUCUUGAUUUUAGGAACAACAAAAGGUGCUCUGAUAUAACAGAACCUGCCUCUGUGGAUGUGCUGCUGACCAAUCUUAUCAAGGGGAAUCUGCUUCCAUCUGCUCUCAUCUGGAUAACCUCUCGACCAGCAGCAGCCAGUCAGAUCCCUCCGGAGUGUGUUGACCAGGUCACAGAGGUACGAGGGUUCAAUGACCCUCAGAAGGAUGAGUAUUUCAGGAAGAGAAUCAGUGAUCAGAGUCUGGCCAAUAGAAUCAUUUCACACAUGAAAUUAUCAAGGAGCCUCUACAUCAUGUGCCACAUCCCAGUCUUCUGCUGGAUUUCAGCCACUGUUCUAGAGAGGAUGUUGAGUGACGGAGAGAGUUGUCAGAUCCCCAAGUCUCUAACUGAAAUGUACACACAUUUCCUGAUCUUCCAGACAUUGCAGAUGAAAGACAAGUACAAGGAACUACAUCACUUGGAUCCACACUUGAGUAGAAACAACAUCCUGUCGCUUGGAAAACUGGCCUUUCAGCAACUGAGGAAAGGUUUUGUGAUCUUCUACGAAGAAGACCUGAUAGAGUGUGGCAUUGAUGUCACAGAUGCAUCAGUAUGUUCAGGACUUUGCACCCAGAUCUUCUGGGAGGAGUUUGGGCUGUACCAAAGGAAGGUCUUUUGUUUUGUGCAUCUGAGUUUCCAAGAGUAUCUUGCUGCUUUGUUUGUUCACCUUCACUGGUUUACAACUCAAAAGCCCAGUAGCGAUGAAUUAAAGAUACCAUUCCAAGACACAGACUUUGGGGAGCUCUGCAUGGAUUCAUCUCUGUUUGAUCUACACAAGAGUGCUGUAAAUCAGGCUUUAAAGUCAAAGAAUGGGCACUUUGACCUUUUCCUCCGCUUCCUCCUCGGCCUUUCUCAGGAGCGCAGUGAGACUUUGUUUCGCCACCUUUCAAUACAAAUAGGACACAUCACACACAGCAAUGAGAACACGGUCAUGCACAUAAAGGAAAAGCUUGGGACAGGUCUUAGCCCCGAGAGGUCCAUCAAUCUUUUCCACUGCCUCAAUGAACUGAAUGACCACUCUCUUAUUAAGGAAAUCCAAACAUACCUUCACUCUGGACAACUUUCAGUGGAGGUACUUUCAAAUGCGCAGUGGUCAGCUCUGGUCUUUGUGCUGCUCACCAGUGAUGAAGGACUGGAGGUUUUUGACUUGAAAAAAUUCUUCAAAUCAGAUGAGUGUCUUUUCAAGCUUCAUCCCGUUAUCAAAGCCAGUCGGAUUGCCAUAUUGUCCUCAUGUAAACUGACGAAGAAAAGCUGUUCAGCUUUGGCUUCUGUUCUUGAGUCCAAUCCCAAUGUCCUGAGACAACUCGACCUGAGUUUCAAUGACCUUGGAGACAAAGGGGUGAAAAGCCUCUGCUCCGGACUGAGGAGUCCACAUUGCAAACUACAGACACUAAAACUGGAGUUUUGUGGACUCAGAAGAGACAGCUGUUCAGCCAUUGUUGCUGCUCUUACGUCAAACCCAUCACAUCUCAAGGAGCUGGUCCUGAGCUACAAUAACAUUGGAAAUGAAGCAGCAACCUGGCUUUUGGGUUUAGUGCCAGACUGUGAGCUGGAGACUCUUAGGCUUUCAAGCUGUGGGAUCACAAAGGAGGCCUGUGCUUUCCUCACAUCUGCCCUGAGUUCAAAACCCUGCAAACUUAAGAAACUGGACCUAAGUGAUAAUAGACUUUGGGACUUAGGAGUUGGGAUGUUUUCUGGUUUACUUGCAAACCCAAACUGUAACCUUGAAGAGUUGAGAUUGGAGAGAUGUAAUUUUACAUCUAAAAGUUGUGGACUGGGUCUGGAGAACUCUCGACUCAGAGCUCUAGAUCUUUCUGACAAUGACGUGCAGGAUUCUGGGAUGAAGCAGCUCAUGAACUCACUAAUGGAUCCAUCCUGUAAACUUGAGAAAUUAAGGCUGUCGUGUUGCAGACUGACAGAUAAGGGUUUCUCAUCCCUGGCUUCAGCUCUGAGAUCAAACCCUUCCAGCCUAAAAGAGCUCGAUUUGAGCAAAAAUUUCCCAGGAAGCACUGGAAUAAUGCAGCUUUUUACAGUCCUUAGACAAAACACUACUCUUGAAAAGUUGUGUCUGGACUCUUGUGAAAUCACUUCAGAUAUGUGUGGUUUAGCAGCUAAAGGUCUGAGCCAAAGCUUAAACUUGAAAGAGUUGAACCUAAGCAACAACAAUCUAAAAGAUCAAGGUGUUCGGCUGCUCUGUCUUGGACUACAGGAAGGCAGUUGUGCAAUGAAGUCUUUAAAAUUAUCCAACUGUGGUCUCACUGACAGCAGCUGUCAAUACUUGGCUUCAGUUCUUGGUUGUCAGUCCAUAUCUGUUGAGAUGGACCUGAGCAGAAAUGCCAUCAGCCAGCAGAAGGAGCAGUUUCUGAGUUCUAUAUCAAACAUCAAUCUUUUAUUCUAGUUUAUAUGCAAGUGUUGUUUCAGAUUUUUGCAGGUGAAUAGGAAGGUUUAGUAUCUUCAGCAAGCCGUGGAGACUGUAGAUGAGGAGAAUUAGUCAAAAUAAAGUCUUAAGACUGCAUAUGCUGCAGUUUGUGCAGCAACUUCAUUGUAUCAUUUCUUCAUUGCUCAUUGUGUAGUGUGCGAGUGCUGUGGGAAAUGUGUGAGCUCACUGAGGAACACUGGAGGUGUGUCUUUCAAGUGGGUGGUUAAAAACUCUUUCCACAAGUAAAUCAGAAAUGCUGAAAGAUCACGGCAUACAUCUUACAGAAAUGCACUCAUUCAAAGAGACUGAUGAACAGAGAGGGAUGGAGACCUCAGAAGCAUGAGGAUAGAUAAAGAGAAGUCAUUGAGAGUGACAGCAGUGCAGAGGGAGAGAUGAUUAUUCCAUAUAUGUAUCUGCUGCAAACAUUCGGCUUAUUCGUGGAUGUACAGAAAGGAAGAAAGAAAAGAAGUAAAACACAAAAAUCUUAGGAUACAGUUCAAACUGAGGAAUUCAAACAAGCAAAGGACAUCACUGAAAGAAUAAAUCAAGACGACAAAAACAAUCCUGCAACAGAAACUGGCAAGUCACUGUUUUUGUUGUUUAGAGCAUUUAUUAAACAGGUUCAGAGAUGCUGCAUUUUUCUGGUUUUGAUAUCAGUUGUGAGAUUUUGAUUGUGAGAUGUUACUUUUUAAUAAAAGAUGCUUUUCAAAGAUAUCAGAGAUUAUAUGAAUUUAUGUAUUUUGCUAAGAUCAGGUCUCGUGUUUUUCAUGUGUUGAAAAUGCAAAGAAAUAGUUUGAAA